AUGGAGAUGCUGCCUGACGUGUGGAGAGAGGACUACUGGCUCCCCACGGGUGUGACAUGGGAGGACAUGGACCAGCUGGCCCAAUCGGAGCGCCCACUCCCCCGGGAUUUACUUGUGGCGGUACCCCUUGCGUUGGGCUUUGUGCUUCUGCGUUAUGUUUUUGAGAGGUUCUGCGCCCCACCUAUUGGCAGAUGUUUGGGGGUGAGGAAUAGGUUACGAGUGACUGUGGCCCCCUCCUCGAAGCUGGAGUCGUUUUACACUCAACAAAGCACACGGCCGACACAGAGUGACAUCCUUCAUUUAAUGUCGCUGUGCGGUAAAACCCAGCGGCACAUCGAGAGCUGGUUCCGAUUGCGGCGACACCAAGACAAGCCGUGUCAAACCAAGAAGUUUGGUGAAGCGGCUUGGAGAUUCUUUUUCUACCUCACAGCCUUUGCGGGCGGACUCGCCUGUUUGAUUGACACCCCUUGGUUCUGGGAUCGGAGAGAAUGCUGGAGGCAAUAUCCAGUUCAGCCCAUGCAAAGACGUCAUUACUGGUACUACAUGCUGGAGCUGGGUUUUUAUGGUUCUCUGCUGUUGCGGAUCUCUGUUGACAUCAAGAGAAAGGAUUUUAAGGAGCAAGUGAUCCACCAUUUGGCCACUGUGUUCCUGAUCAGUUUUUCUUAUUGUGCCAACUACAUUCGAAUCGGGACUUUGGUCAUGCUCCUCCAUGACUCAGCUGAUAUCCUGCUAGAGGCUGCCAAGAUGUUUAACUAUGGCUCUGGCUGGAGGAAAGUGUGUGACGUCCUCUUCGUGGUUUUUGCUGCCGUCUUUUUUUUAAGCAGAUUGGUUAUUUUUCCCAGCAAGAUCAUCCACACCACCCUAGUGUUAUCCAUGGAGACUUUCCAACCUUUUGUUGGCUACUACUUUUUCAACAUCCUUUUAAUGGUGCUACAAGGCCUUCAUGUCUUUUGGGCUGCUUUGAUCUUAAGGAUGGUCCCGAAAUUCUUGACAGGAAAGAUGGAAAAAGAUGAACGCAGCGAUGAAGACAGUGAGCUGGAAGAGGACAAAGAAGAUAUUCAAGGUUUAGAUUAUAGUCAAAAUGCAAGUGAAGUCGCCCAAAACUACAAACUACCUCCUUUGAGUAACAAUUGUGUCCUUAAUCAUCUCACCCACCAAAGAGCCUCAAUUGUCGACAGAAUGCGUAAAGCACAUUAG